AUGCCUCCUCCAAGGGGCAGAGGCCCGAAAGGACGUGGCAGGGGCCCUGUGAAGCAAAGGGGCCCUGGCUUUACCACGUCCCGUGUUGACGAAGUGGAGUCCGAGAGCUCUUCAGGCGAGGAAGAUCAAGCUGAAAAUCAAUUGGAAGAUAAAUUUCAGGAAGAGGGCGCCGAUGAUGAUGUAUCCUCCGAUAGCGACGAAGACAGUCAACAGUCGCGACAACCAUACAAUGAAUUGCUUCAAUUGCUCCAAGCGAAUACAGACACCAGGGGGCCGGCGCGCAAGAAGCGGAAGACAAGUCAUCGGGAUAAGGACGAUAGUAAAGAGGCCCAGAACGGUGUGGAGGUGAACGCAGAUGAAGAAGAGGAAUCCCUGGACGCCGACCUGCAGCAGCAAGAACCGGACGAAGAAGCUGAUAUGGAAAAGGGAGACGUGGAUGUACAAGAAGACAGUGAUGACGAGAAUGAAAAUGACCCGUUCGAUUCGCACUUCUCAAGUCCGAACGAGACCGAGCUCUCUCAGGGAAUCAAGGCUGCGUCGGAGAGUAAGUGGAGGAACGUGAAGAAAGAGCUUCCUGGAGGGUUAAAAAUCUGGCGGUCGGUUCCAGACCGUGGGCAAGAUGACGUACCUUUGCUCCCAGCGAUGAAGAGCUUGUCGAGUGUCAAGAUCAAGAGUAAACUCAAAGCAUCCGUGACCGAACGCAUCCCAAGCCUCCACGGAAACACCCAGCAGAUCUUUCCUUACAUUUUCGACUACCAAGAUGUUCUAUAUGGCGCUCGAACGGCAUCAGAAUCCGCGGGCAUGCGAGACCUGCUGGCUGUGCAUGCCACGAACCACGUACUCAAAACGCGAGAUCGCGUACUCAAGAACAAUGCCCGAGUGGCGAAGGAGCAAGAUGCCGAUCUCGAGCUGCGUGAUCAGGGCUUCACCAGACCGAAAGUUCUAUACCUCCUACCAACGAAACAAGCCUGUGUCCGGGUAGUUGAAGCCAUCAUCCGGUUUUUCCAGCCCGAACAGCAAGAGAACAAGAAAAGGUUUAUGGACACUUUCUCCUCGCCUGAUGACCCAUCCUGGGAGAGCAAACCGGAAGACUUCCGAGAGAUAUUUGGAGGAAACGACGACGAUAUGUUCCGACUUGGUCUCAAGUUCACACGAAAAACACUCAAGUUCUUUACGCAGUUCUAUACUUCCGACCUGAUCCUCGCCAGUCCGCUGGGAUUGCGGACUAUUAUGGAUCAGGCAGAUGCCAAAAAACGAGACCACGAUUUCUUAUCCUCCAUCGAAGUAGUCAUAGUUGACCAUACCGACGCACUACUCAUGCAAAACUGGGACCAUGUCACGUACAUCCUGAAGCACCUCAACCUCCAGCCGAAGGAAGCGCACGGCUGCGACUUCAGCCGCGUCCGAACCUGGUAUCUGGACAACAAUGCACGCUACGUCCGACAACUGAUCCUGCUCUCCUCGUUUAUCACCCCGGAGAUUAACUCCGUCUUCUCGACGCAGAUGCAGAAUGUCUCCGGGAAGGUCAAAUUCAAUCCAAUCUACAACGGCGCAAUCUCAGAGCUUCCGCUCCCUGUCCCAGUCAAACAAACCUUCACUCGCUUCGAUUGCCUCUCACCGGCUAAAGACCCCGACGCUCGGUUCAAGCAUUUCACCACCACCAUUCUAUCCACUCUAGUCCGCAGCAUCACGACCAGCCGCAACAAGGCCAGCGCAGGGGGCACGCUCAUCUUCAUCCCGUCCUAUCUAGACUUCGUCCGUCUGCGCAAUUACUUUGCCACAUCCCAGCAAACGACCAACGUCUCCUUCGGAGCGAUAUCCGAGUAUACUGAAACCCGGGAAGUCAACCGCGCACGCUCCCACUUCAUGAACGGUCGCCAGUCGGUGCUGCUAUACACAGAGCGAGUCCAUCAUUUCCGCCGCUAUCAGCUCCGCGGCGUUAAGCGGGUUAUCAUGUAUGGUGUUCCCGAUAACCCUGUCUUCUGGGGCGAGAUCGUGGGAUUUCUAGGUCUGGAUCCGGCCAGCGUUGUUGAAGCUGCCGAGGAAGGGGUGCGCGCCUUGUUUUCCAAGUACGAUGCAUUGAAGCUGGAGCGGAUUGUCGGGACGACGAGGAUCGGUAAUAUGUUGCGGGAGAAAGGUGGUGACACCUUUGCUUUCAUGUAA